GCCCCAUCACAUUUAAAAGCCAUUCCAUUGGCAAGAAAAGCAGAAAGGAACAGCUCAAUUCUUCAAUGCACUGGUUUUCUGAAACAUCGGUAGUAGCUUCUUCUGCUCCCUCGUCCCCACACAUAGCCAGGUGUACAAGGGACCAGAACGGGGUCUUUCAUGUAUUUUUUUCAGAUAAUUUUAUGUUUUACAUCAUUCCUGAACAUUCAAUUUGCUGGAACAAGAAUUUAGAAGACUGGGUGACAAAGGAAACCCUUUUAGUUCAUAGCGGCAUCAAGGCAAGACUCCAAUUUUUUUCGCAAAUCUUUUUCAACUUUGGCAUGGCGCCUUCUAAAAGCGCGGUCGUCGCUUUCAUUCGGGGUAUUUGGUCUCUUUUGUCUGGUGUUUCUUUUUGGUCUGUUUUAUUUGGGCACUUAUCUUCUAACCCGAAAUCCCAAUGCGCUUGGAUAUUGGGGAUAAAGUGGCAUCAUUAA